AUGGCUUCUCUAUUUCGAGAUGUUAAAAUUUUGUUAAAAAAUAAUUCAAAAUCUAAUAUUUCCAAUAUUUAUGAUAAAAAUUUUAUUCGAAAAUUUCAUGAUAUAAAAAUCCAACGUCCUAUUUUAACUUCUUUCCCACAUUCAUUUUUAAAACGUAUUCCAAAAAAUGCUAAAAAUUCAAAUAUUAUCAACCUGAGAAUAAUUAAUUUUAAACAUAAUUUAUAUACUUCGGAAAAUAAUAUCAUUAAAGUUUCCGAAACUAUUCCAUCAAAGAAAAUAAAACCUGUCAAACCAAUUAUUGUAAAUGAUAAAGUUGAAUUUAUUUAUGAAGCAGAAGAAAAUAAUGAAUUUGAUGAAGCAGAAACUAACGAAGUAGAAGCCAAUGAAUUAGCAGCAGCCGCCAAUAAUUCUGUCGAAGCCAAAGCUUGGCAAUUUAAAAAAGAAAUAAGAAACGUAUUUGAAAAUGAUAGAGAAUUUUAUAUAAAAAAUUAUAAAGCAAAAAUCAAUAUUGAAUUGUUUAAGGCUUGGCUCAGAGGUUUAGGAUUGAAACCUUUAAUACCACUUUUUAAGGGAAAAUCAUGGUUAGAAAUUGCUAAUAUGCGUAUGAAAGAAUUACUCAAAGCAGGAAUAAUUCAUUUAAAUCUCAGAAGAAGAGUACAUAGACAUUUAAUUAGAGUUCGGAAUGAACUGGUUAAAACAGAAGGAGUUAGCUUUCGAAAUGAAAUACCAGUUUCAAAAAAACGUCAAGAUAUUCCUGCCUUAAGUCUUCCGGCUAAAUAUGAUGUGUCUACAGAUGGAGCUGGAUUAUAUGCUCCAUAUUUUAAAGGACUGUCAUGGAGAGAAAUUCUGUACUUGAAUGGUGAAAAAAUGAAGCAAUUGGGUAUUACCAAUGUAAACGCUCAACAAUUAUUGCUUCGGGCUUUUAUGACUGAGAGAACACCUCACAAAAGAAAUGAAGUGGCACAGGAGAUUUUUGCAAAGAAUGCUUCAUAUUAUAAAGAGAAUUAUGUUAAAAAAACUAAUUUUGAAUUAUUGGAAGAUUUUCCAGCAUGGCUUGAAGGUUUAGGAUUAAAACCUUUAACAAUGCGUUUUGCAGGCAUACCUUGGCAAGAAAUAAUUAAAUUAAGGUGGAGUGAAUUAAAAGAAAUGGGAAUUUAUAAUUCAUAUCUUAGGAAAAGAUUGAUUAAGCAUUUCAUGAGAAUUCAAAGAGAUAUGGCUGCUCAAAAUGGAAUUGAAUUAUCACCUGAAGAUAGCGUAAUGAAAGAGAUUCCUAAAAUGGAAGACAAUAUAACUGCAAAAAUUGACUUUUAUGUAUUUGCUCCAUUCUUUGAAGGUUUUAAAUGGUAUGAAAUUAUUGAACUUUCAGGAGAACAAUUAGGAAAAUUAGGUAUUUUAGAUUAUGAAACCAGACGAAUAUUACUUAGAGGUUUUAAAGCACAAAUAAGGGCUUUUGAAGUUCAAAAAAUAGACAUAAAUGAAGUGGUCAAGAAAGAAAAUUCCGAUGACAUGAAUAAAGGAUUCAAGAAAAAAAGUUCUGUUUACAAGAAUAAAAUAAGAAAUUCUAAGACUAAUGGUAAUUAG